AUGGAAAGCUGGUCGGCUAACGAGCAGACCUAUUACCUGAUGGCUGGACUGGGCAAAUAUCUGAAUUGGCCGGUGAUCUGCUACAUCUGCUCCUUCUACACAGUCACUAAUUUCAUUUGCUUCUUAUUUUUACCUGAGACACCGUUUUUUAUGCUAAAAACUAAAAGUUUGGAUGAAGCUCGAGCCGCUCUCGCACAUUUCAGGGCCCGUGACUAUGACCUUGACAAGGAAAUUGAUCAAAUGAGGAAGUUUAAGGAGGCUAACGACAUUCGUAAAAUAAGCGCUCGUGAGCGUCUUUCACUGUUGUUCAAACCUUCGGCAUACAAGCCCUUCACUAUGGUUGUCGUGUAUAUAUUUAUCUCCCAGAUUGCUGGCACAUCUGGAGUUCCUAUAUGGGCUGUAGAAAUGCUAACGGUAGCGAAGUCAUCAGUGGACGUGGAUACUGGUAAUUUUCUAAUGUGCCUCACUAGAUUGGUGAUAAACUGCUUAACUGUAAUACUCAUUUUCAAAACCGGGAGAAAGCCUUUGGCGCACGUUUCAGCUUUGGGUGUUGCAGUGAUCAGUUUAGUUAUAGCUAUUUACACAUCCAUUCAUAAAGAGCCAAGCUUGGCUCCCCAAAUAUUGUUCAUGAUUUACAUGGCUUUUGCCAGCAUCGGAUACUACUUGAUACCGUUUCUUAUUGCUUCUGAAAUAUAUCCAUUGCAGGUGUUGCCUACAUAUACGUAUUUGUGCCAGAAACAAAAGAUUUAA